AAAAUGGCUUUCGCCGGUGUUCUGAACGAUGCUGACAUCACUGCAGCCCUUGCAGCUUGCCAAGCUGCCGAUUCCUUCAAACACAAGGAAUUCUUCGCUAAGGUCGGCCUGACCUCAAAGUCUGCCGACGAAGUCAAGAAGGCCUUUGCCAUCAUUGACCAGGACAAGAGUGGCUUCAUUGAGGAGGAUGAGCUGAAGCUGUUCCUGCAGAACUUCUCUGCCAGCGCCAGGGCUCUGACCGACGCCGAGACCAAGACCUUCCUCCAAGCUGGAGACUCUGACGGUGACGGCAAGAUUGGAGCUGACGAGUUUGCUGCCAUGAUCAAGGGAUAA